AAGGCCGGACACCAUGGCAACGGUUCAAGCUGUCAAUGACGAGCUGAGAGCCAAACUCAACAACAUCCAGGUGGAACUUCAGCAGGAGAAGAACAAGGUAAGCCGUCUGGAAAGAGACAAGAGCCAGGAACUAAGGAGCGAGCAUCACCGGGCCAGCGUAGCAAUGACGGAGCUGAAGACUAAACUGCAUGAGGAGAAGCAAAAAGAAUUAGCUGUUACCAGGGAGACGUUACUACGGCAACACGAGAUGGAGCUGAUGAGAGUUAUCAAAAUCAAGGAUGGAGAAAUUCAUCGGCUGAAUGGUUUAGUCCUGACGCUCAGGGACGGCUCUGUGGAUAAGGUAAGGAGUGCCCUGCUGAUGGAGGUGGAGGAGACAAGAAGGAGUUGGGAGGCAGAACGUUGUCGCCUCCAGCAGGAAGUUCAGGAGCAGCGUGGAGCCAAGAGGAGCGCGGAGGAAGCGCUGGGAUUAGCUCACCAAGCUUGUCAGGCCAGAGUAGCCGAGCUCCGAUCGCUGCAUCACCAACACCAGGAGGAGCUGAACAGAACCAAGAGGGACUGUGAGAGGGAGAUCCGCCGACUGGUAGGAUUACUAAUUGUCCUCUGAUGAGACCAUUAUUAGCUUCACAAGUACAACAAGUUUAGACUCCAACCUUGUCUCACAAGGAGUGGACCUGGGACAAUACAUCUUUAGACUCCAACCUUGUCUCACAAGGAGUGGACCUGGGACAAUACAUCUUUAGACUCCAACCUUGUCUCACAAGGAGUGGACCUGGGACAAUACAUCUUUAGACUCCAACCUUGUCUCACAAGGAGUGGACCUGGGACAAUACAUCUUUAGACUCCAACCUUGUCUCACAAGGAGUGGACCUGGGACAAUACAUCUUUAGACUCCAACCUUGUCUCACAAGGAGUGGACCUGGGACAAUACAUCUUUAGACUCCAACCUUGUCUCACAAGGAGUGGACCUGGGACAAUACAUCUUUAGACUCCAACCUUGUCUCACAAGGAGUGGACCUGGGACAAUACAUCUUUAGACUCCAACCUUGUCUCACAAGGAGUGGACCUGGGACAAUACAUCUUUAGACUCCAACCUUGUCUCACAAGGAGUGGACCUGGGACAAUACAUCUUUAGACUCCAACCUUGUCUCACAAGGAGUGGACCUGGGACAAUACAUCUUUAGACUCCAACCUUGUCUCACAAGGAGUGGACCUGGGACAAUACAUCUUUAGACUCCAACCUUGUCUCACAAGGAGUGGA